AUGAAGUGGCUUUCCCUCGCUCUCGUCCUUCCCGGGCUCUCUGAGGCCGCACUUCGAUUCGGAUGCUCGACUGUGAGUAUUCAGCGCCUUGAUCCCCUGGUCGAGCCAGGACGCGCACCGUCGUCGCACCUGCACCAGAUUGUCGGCGGCGAUGCCUUCAACGUCACGAUGACGGGGGACAUCUCCGAGAAGGCGACCUGCACCACUUGCACCUUCAGCGAGGACUUCAGCAACUACUGGACUGCCGUCAUGUUCUUCAAGCACGAGAAUGGCUCCUACAAACGCGUUCCGAUCAUGCAGAACACUGCUCUGCCCGCCCCUAUCAACGGUGGCAUGACUGUGUACUACACACAGCAGGAUUUUAACUCCAACGGCAACCAGAAGAUUACCGCUUUCAAGCCGGGUUUCCGCAUGACUGUUGGCAGCCCCACGACCGACAACCUGAAUGCUGCCAAGGGUCACGUCGGUCUUCGCUUCGUCUGUCUCCAGAACAAGGGUACUCGCUUCCCUGAGCUUCCCGACUUCCCUAAACAGCCCUGCAGGGGUGGCAUUAUGACCGUCCACCAUUUCCCCGCAUGCUGGGACGGCAAGAACUUGGACAGCCCCGACCACCAAUCGCACAUGUACGCCACGACCAAGGAGGCAUUCCAACCCGCCGGUCCGUGCCCUGCGUCCCACCCUGUCCGCAUGCCUCAGCUCGCGUAUGAGACCCUCUGGGAUACUGCCCAGUUUGCCAACAUGUGGCCCAAGGACGGUUCCAACCCAUUCGUCCUCAGCUACGGCGAUAAGAAUGGUUAUGGAACCCACGCCGACUACGUCUUUGGAUGGAAGGGCGACUCCCUUCAGAAGGCCAUGGACUCGAACUGCAUGUUCCAAGCAUGCGAGAACGGAAGGCCUCUAAAGUCCCAGGGUGUCGCUGCAAUGAACAAGUGUGCCGCUAGGCAGCAAGUCCACGAAGACAUUGAUGGAUGGCUCACCGAGCUUCCUGGCAUGUCAUCCAUGCCAAUGAAGCAGAAGAAGGAGGUCAAGUUCCAGGCCUAG